GAGAUUUUAACUUUCAUGUUGAUGAUCUUACAAACCCUCACACUGCAAAAUUCCUUGAUUUAUUGGAUUGUUAUAAUUUAAUUAUAGCAGCAUAUUACCUGGCCCAACUCAUAAAGCAAAUCACGGCCUUGGAUCUAGUGAUCACUAGGUCAUGUGAGGAUAUGAUCCACAGAUGGUCAUCCAUGGACCCUCGAUUAUCUGAUCACAAAGUUAUCCACACAAAGUUUAAUCCUGCGAAACCACGUCUACCAAGGCAAGAGAGAAAAUAUCGCAAACUUCGAAGUGUAGAUCCGGUUGUUUCGAAAUGA